CGUUCUUUGUCUCCCAGGCUCCCGGCCUCCCCGCCACGCGCCCCCGCAUCGCCCCUUCCCUGGGGACCCCCGCAGAUCCCCGCGGUCGCAGCGCUACGAGCAUCCGCCUGCCAGGCGGGGAACCCCGUGUCCAGCAGGGCCUGGCGGGGCGGGGAGGUUUCUCUCUCUCUCUCUCUCUCUCUCUCUCUCUCUCUCUCUCUCUCUCUCUCUCUCACUCACUCACUCACUCACACACACACACACACACACACACGCACACACACGCACGGAGCAUCCUCCUGUCAGGUCUUCUGGUCCAGCCCCGCCCGCCGCAUCUCCUGCUUCCUGCAAACCUUCUCCUCUGUCGGAACUCCCCCCACCCCACACACACAUUCCCUCCGGCUCCAGGAGCCUCUUCGCCGACCCCUACCCCUACUCCCGGGAUGGAGAGGAUGCAGCCAGCCCGGAGCCCCCCGCGGCCAGGGUGACAGUCCCCCGCCUCGCUCCCGCCUGGCCCCCGCCCCAAGCACCAUGGGCCUAAGGGGUUCCCGAUGCGCCGGACGCUGAAGAUGAAAGAUGCUGGAGCUUUCUUGAGUCAUGGCUUCUUCAAAGCUCCGAGAACCUGUGGAUGAGGUUUUUGACUUGGACUUGGCCGUGCCAGAGACCGUCAGACUGGACAGCAGUUUACACAAAGCCCGGGCCCAACUGCUGGCCAAGGGCCGGAGACACCGGCCCUCCCGCUCCAGACUUCGGGACAGUGCCAGCUCCACAGAGGACGGUGAAGGCUCCGAUGGGCCCGGAGGCAAGGUGACCGACGGCUGCGGGAGCCCCUUGCACAGGUUGCGCUCGCCUCUGCACUCGGGCCCCGGGUCCCCGGCCGGGGGCUCCUUCUGCCUGGAGCCCCCAGGGUUGCGGCGCAGCCUGGACGAGGACGAGCCGCCGCCCUCGCCGCUCGCACGCUACCGGCCCCUGCACAACGCCGCCUCGCACGAGGGCCUGGCCGCCGCCUCGGGCUCGCCGCCCCGCUCAGCGCCCUCGUCCGACAGCUCGCCCAGCUUCGUGCGCCGCCACCCCCGAGCCGAGCCGCACAGCGAAGAUGACAGCCGGGAUGCCAGCCCACCUGAGCCCGCCAGCCCUACCAUCGGCCUGGAUAAGAAGACGCGCCGCAAGUUCCUGGACCUGGGGGUCACCUUACGCCGAGCAUCCACGAGCAAGAGCCGGAAGGAGAAGGGCAGCAAUCGCCUGUCCAUGGGCAGCAGGGAGUCGGUGGAGGGCUCCAGCAGGUCGGGGGGCUCGCCGUUCCUGCCCUUUUCCUGGUUCACAGACAGUGGCAAGGCCUCCGCGUCCUCCGGCAGCACCACCUCCCCAGGCUGUUCCCCCAAACAUGAGGGCUUCAGCCCUAAAAAGUCAGCUUCUCAGGAAUCCACCCUGAGUGAUGACUCCACACCCCCGAGCAGCAGCCCCAAGAUCCCGAGUGGUCCCCGGCAGGGGGCCAAGUGUUCCUACCCCUACCACACCCUGUCCCAGUCUUCGGAUGAGUUUCUGGAUGAACCUCUCCCCACUGUCUCCCACUGGACCAGUCAGCAGGUGGGCCAGUGGCUGCACAGCCUCAACCUGGAGCAGUAUGCCGCGGAGUUUGCUGCACGGCGGGUGGAUGGGCCGCAGCUGCUGCAGCUGGAUGGAAGCAAACUGAAGAGCCUGGGGCUCAGCAACUCGCACGACCGGGCACUGGUGAAGCGGAAGCUGAAGGAGCUGGCGGCGGCCGCUGAGAAGGAGCGCAAGGCCCAGGAGAAGGCUGCGCGGCAGCAGGAGAAGCUCCGGCGCAGGGAGCAGGAGGCCAAGAGGAGCUAGGGAGGCUGGGCAGGCACUGGCACCUGGCCCGGGCGGCUGCUGGGCUCAGCGGGCACAGGCCGCCCCGGGAGGCGGGGCCCGGGCACCAGGCUUGGGCUGGCCUGGCCCCAUAUGCUCUCAGGAGGAACACGCCCUGUCACCCUGUCGUCUGUCUGGACCCAGGUCCCCCAGAAAGGGAGACCCCCAGGGAGAAGGCCCCAUAGUAAAUCUCACUUCAAGGACCUGUUUGUGGCAGAGCGUUCCUGGGGGAGGUGGCAGAUUAUGGGCAGAGAGGCCAGGGCUGUAAGGGAGUCUGGGAGCCCAGAGGCCCCAAGUCCUUCUCCUCACCCUCUGCCCUCAGCCCUCGGUGGUCCUGGGGCUUUCCAGAGGCCCUGGGCUCAGAGAGGCAGGCUGAGCAUCUCUGCAGGAGCAGGCAGACAGAGCAGUUCCCUUCCAGCUCGCCAAGAGGCCUGUGUGUCGGGCGGGCUCUCUUCUGCUCCGCGGGGAGGCUGGCAGGCGAGGUGACAGGUUGUGCUCAGGGUAGAGCCCCAGUCUGCGGUCCUCAACGGGAGACAGAGCCGAGAAGGCAGUGUGACCAGCUGACGUCAUCUUUGCAAGGACUUUAGGAGAAGGACGGGAGGAGGCAGGACAGCUCCUUUUGCCCUGCCCUGCCCUGCGGGUCUCAGUGGGCAUGAUGCCCUUGCGGGUCUGCCCCUCCCAAGGCCCAUUCAAAGCCUGGUCUUUGACCCAUGCCCCAAGCUAGGCCCACCUCUGCUGCUCCCUCAGAGGCCACCUGGCCCCCCAGUGAGGACAGAGCAAACUUGGGAGUUGGCGGGGACAGAGGACAGCCCCUACCAUGCCUAGGGAGUCCUGAACUGGUGAAUCCUCACCCAGCCAGGCCGGGGCAGAAUCUGGGAAGUCCCCUGGAAGCGGCUCAAUUGGAAAAGGCCCAUCAGCCCUCUCCCAUCUGUCCUGGUCCCCCGCGGGGCCUCAGUGGGCUCCACAACUGGCAGAUGGUACAGGCUCUGGUUCUCUGGGGGCCAGAAAAAGGGGUGGUGCCAGCUCCCUGGGUGGGAGUGGAGUCUCUCUGUCGGCAGGGGUACUGUCCAGCAGCUGGCUAGCUUCUGGAACACUGGCUGGAGGUACUGAUGGGGUGGGGGGCUUCUGAUCAGAUCUCCCCUGACCUCCUCCCAUCCGCCUGGAGCAGUGGGCAGGGCCCAGUGCACCCCCACUCCUCUCAUUCCAGCUUAGGGGCUGUGGCCUGUGGGGCCAUCCCUGUCCCCCGGUCUCAGUCCUUUCUUCUUCUGCUGUCUGUUCUGGGAGAGGGGCUUCAGAGGGGACUGAGCUAGGGGGGCAGCAGCACCAUCUCGGGGAAGGUGGAAAGCUCCAGGUCCUUGAAGCCAUCAGGAGCUAUCCGGGUGCCCACCUGCAUGUGAAGGGGGAGGCGGUGCUGUUUAUUUCAAUAAACAUGGAUGACGUGCCAGUGACCUUUCUAUCUGCCCCGGGGCAGGGUGGGGCUGGGCCCCGAGGGUGGUGGGUGGCCUGGCCGGUCACUUGGAUGGCUGCGGCCACUGCUGUACUCGGGGCGAGCACCCAGUCACAUCCUGGGCUGGGUGUCUGAGCGCGUCCUGUGUGGGUCACAGGGACUGCGGUCUUUGUGUGUUUCUAUGUGUGAGGCUCCCUCCCGCCGGAAAGCAGCUGGGCCACAGACUCAUUUGAUGUCCUCUUUACUGUGGAUGUCACCACUGUCACAGCCACUGGGAGGAGCACACGACUUUAACCCCCUGUGUGCUCAGGGGAAGGGUUGGGUGGGGGGGUGGGCAUUCAGGGCUAAAAAACUAGCUAUGUACACAGAACAUUCUAGGGAGAAAGGUGGCCCAAGCACACGCGUGUCUGGGCACAGUGGGAGUCGGGGUCUGGAGGUCAGGUGGGGACCGUGUGUGGCAGGCAGGUGUGUGCAUGUGAGGACAUGCAGGGAAGAGCUGGGGCCUCCCGGGGUUCCUGGGCUUUGGGAGUAAGCCCCAGGUGAGAAGCCCCUCCCUUUUAACUUUGACCUUAAACUCAAGAGUGGAAGGCCAGACUGCAGGACUAGGUCCCUGACCAGGGGGGUCCCCUCCCACUACCCCACAUCUGGCGGACACCUGGCCCCCUCCUAACACGGACACCAGACCAGGCCCAGGGUACUGGCACAGGCCGGAGGAAUAAGGCGAGCAGGGGGUGUCUACUUGGAAAGCCAGGGCUGUGAGUGGCAGUGAGGGGGUCCUAGGACCCUUGGCAGAGAAAGUGGCAGCUCUGGGCUCAGAGAGGAGGACUGCCAUGGAAACUUAUUUCUGGGAUAU